AUGUUGGGACAUAAUAUCCGAGUAGUGGUCGUUUGUGUGAGCAUCGUACUUGCACUUUUCUAUGCCUUUCUUGUUUUGAGAUGGGCUAGGAAAAAGAAGCCUAAAUCCAGUGAUGGAAAAGUGACAACUACAACCCCAGUUUCAUUGCUGGAAGUUAAGGUGACACUUCCUAUGAAGGUAAUUUUUGGGGACAUAACAGUGGCAAAGAAAUAUGAUCCACCAGAAAUGGCUCAGAUUCCAAAAACUAGGCUUGGUGAAGGUACCCUGGGGACUUUGUUUAAGGUUGUUCUUAAAUGUGGGUCAAUUGUCACAAUCCGAAAGAUCAGAGAAGGCCUGAUCACGGAUGCCGUUAAUCUUGACUUGUGGAUUAACUUCUUUGGAGGAAUCCGGGAUGCUUGGCUCUUACCAAUACAUUUCAGUUUUUGGUACGGAGGAGAGGCUUUUAUUCUGUAUGACUAUGUGAUCCUGGGGAGUUUGGAGGAGCUUUUACAUGGCAGCGAAGGGAUUCAGUUCACUCCAUUAAACUGGGGAAUUAGGAAACAGAUAGCAUUGUGUGCAGCACAGGCAGUUGCCUCAAUUCAUAGCCGAGAAACUCCAAAUGGUGAAGCACUUGUUUGUGGGGUGAUUAAGGCUUCGAACAUCUUGAUUCGAAUGGAUUUUUCUGCUUGUCUUUCAAGCUACGAAACGCCUUACCUAGUACCUCAGGAAAAGAUAAUCAAAAGAAACUCUGGCCGUGUGGCGCCUGAACUGAAGAAUCAUCCAGAAAUGUUUACACAGAAGUCUGAUGUUUACAGCUUUGGAAUACUGCUACUAGAGCUAAUCACUGGGAAGAGGCCUUCAGUGACCAACCUGGGAGCGUACAUAAAAGAAAAGAAAAGGAAAGAAGGGCUGAAUAGUAUAUACGAUGAGAAAUUGGGAGAAGUGAAGGAGAACAUGGUCGGAAUGAUUGAAAUUGCCUGGCUUUGCCUGUCACGCAAUCCACAAGAUAGGCCAUCCAUAGAUAAGGUAGUGCAACUGAUCAAGUCUUUGUAA